AAAAAAGUCGAGAUAAUGCUUUUGAUAUCCAAUUAGGACUUAAACUCAAUCUCUCUGUGAUUCAUCUCUUCGAAUUCGAAUUCGAAUCAUACUCAAACUCUUACGUUGGUAUUUAUAAAUAUCAGUCAAUUUGGGUUUUUCUUUUCUGUACUUCCGAUCAGAGAUUUAAAGCUAUUUUCUUCAGUCCUUGAUUAUAUCUCCUUGAUCAUUAAUUCUCUAUCCCGUUGCUUUGUGUUGGCUUAUUGCAGGGGCCAGGGAGGAUAUGAUUUUCGGCAAUAUGUUGAAGAAGAAGGAACCUGUUCCGUCCAGAGGUGCAGUGAAUGUUCAGGAGUAGAUCGAAUUUCAAUGCUCGGGAGAAGACGCCGAGGUUGACGAAUGGUCGUCGCUCGUGCUGUCAGAGGUUGGUGUCGCCCAGGAGCUGAUUCCGUCGCAGGUCCCGAUGUCGCUGCCGGAGAAGAUGAUGGGGCUGUCGACUGUCGUGCCGGAGGUCGGAAGCCGAUGCGAUCCCCCUGCUGCAGGCUUUUCUUUGCCAAUGCUUAUGUUCGCCGAUGAGGAGCACGAUCGAUUGCUAGGCUGCUGCUCCCCCUUGCAUGAAGAUGACCAGAGAAAAGAGAUUGAGGAGCCCUUCCAACAAGAUGAUACAUUAUAAAGAAAUUAAGCGUGGAAGCAAAAAAGUAUCUCUUUGUGUCAACGAUCAAGAAGAACGACGAUAAGAUCCUUUCGGAGAUGUAUAAGUCAUUUACUCGCGAGCUUUGGGGUGCAAUUGUCGUCUUGUACCAAUAUACAGACUAAACUCGUGAGUACAGGUAUCAAACUCAAACUAUGCGGACUUUAGUAUCUGAUUUUAUUCAUAGGUCUUCUUUUGAGAUUCCCCCUUCUUUGCGUAGACGGAUCCUUAGUGAAAACGCCUCUUUGAAAAAGACCUUAUCAUUUGGUGGCGAGUUAAGAUUCAUCAUAGGUUAAUUGAACUAGGUUGAGGACAUUUUGAGUCCGAGUAAAAGCAUUCUGGAGGAGGGGCUUAUUUGUGAUGUCGUUUAUGCCUCAUUGUUCACGUAUGACAUGUGUACUAAUGUUGUAGAAGCAUAUUGUGAGGCAUUGUGUUUCAUGGUAAAUACUUUGCUCGCGUCCAUUGGUGAGUUGGCGAUCACAUUUUGGGACUUGCAUGUUAUUAUAGGAUUACCUAUCAUAUGAGACGCAUAUGAUAAAUCUAAUCCAAGCACUUCCGAGUUGUUAGAUGCGAGUUCUGACCGUCCACAUCAUUUGUGCAAAUAUUUAUUUCACGCAUAUCAUCAUGUUUUUUUGAAAACAAGAGAUAAACGAGUUUUGUGUGUUAAUGCUUGGGUCAAAUUCUUGUUCAAGAAGGUCUUCAAGUAUAUCAUGCCUCCAUUGAGAACAACAAAGAAAAGAUCAUCUCGUGCUAAGGCAACUCAUAAUCCGAGCGGAGUUAUUCCAAAAUUUGGAGGAUGGUCAAAUUCUAUGAAGGUACUUGAUGGGAUUAUGGGACUAGGCCCAAUGCCUAAUCAGACUUGGCCCCAAACUUGGAUCAGCGGGUCCAAGCCCACGGCUGUUGUCUCGCCAGGCAAGCCCAUCUAGUGAACCCAGCGAUCAGAUAUCAGGUCGACCCAACCGACCGGGCCCAUCAGGGAGUGGAAGUCCGGCGGAGCAGAAGCCCAAGACGGCCUGCCUACCGGCCCAACCGGAAGCCCGUCUUCAGUCUAGCGAGGAGCCUGAUUCCGGCCCAGCAGAAGCCUGUCGCCCAGGGAGCCCGAGCGCCCAGCCUGCCAGCCAGGGAAGAGCAACGGCCAGCCAACCAGGGAAGAGUAACGGCCAGGCAUUAAUACGAUAUUUAUUUAUGUGAUUAAUUAUGUAUUAACAUGGUAAUUAAAUUAGCCAUUAUAACGUUUGGCAGUUACCAUUUGUAAUCGCCUAUAUAAGGCAAGUUGGAUUCAAAUAAUAGACAAGUCAUUUCUGGCAACUCAAUCUCCUAGCACUUUCCUUAUUCGUACUGCUUUCUUGAUUUCCUGCUUGAGUGUCUUUCGUAGCUUUCCUAAAAGCCUACGAGCGUCCUAUUUUGGACCAACAUUGGUGCUUUCAUUGAGAGCCUCUAUUGUCUCUCACAAUCACUUGAGCAGGAAUCGCACAGAAAGAUGGCCGGAAUCUCGUCCCGACGUGACCAUGUCUCAGUCCACACCGAGGAAUCCACCGGGUCAGGCCGCCAGCGUGCCCUCGACAACCAUGGACAGGGCAGGGGGGCGGCGCCCCAAGGCGACCUUCGGAACCGAUUGUCAGGCCACGGCGACCUGAGGGUGACGCUCAACCACACCCAAGGUGAGCGCUCGGCCCGCAGCCGGCGGGGGGGAGGCCGACGUCAUGCUCCGCGCAUGGACCCGGUUCGACUCAAUGCCGGGGUGGAGGCCCUACAGGAGGCGACUCGGGUUCUGGGGGCCUUGACUCAAGGUUUCCAACAGAUGGUGUCUGGCGGAAACGUGGACGAGCCUGCCCGCCAACAGACGCCGGCAGAUGUGGAGGUGUCCUCCGGGCGGCGUGACGAGCGACGUUCUGGAUCCGACCAAAACAGGAGGGAGGAAGUCUCCCAGCAGCUCAGCCGACCCCAUCAGCAGGCGGGGAGGGGCGCCCAGCAGGGGCGCUCAAUGCAGAUGGAAGGAGGCGAGUCCUCUCGCCACUCUCACCGAGCGAGCAGCCGGACUGGCUCCAUGGGAAGGCAAAACGUGGGGACCCGACCUCAUGCACACAGGCGACUUGGAGGUGCUGCUGGACAUGCCCAGCCCCGUGCUAGGGCUGUCCGAGGGAACCCACCGCCGGCCGAGGUGGAAGAUCUACGACAACGCCUUGACGAGUUGAGGAGAAGGGUCGUCGGGGGGGAGCCCUACACGGCCGACCUCCGGAUACCCGAACCUUUCACCCGGGCGGUCAUGGAUGCGCCGUUGCCAAGGGGCUACAAGCCUUGCACCAUCGAAACAUACAAGGGCGCCUCUGACCCCCAACAUCAUGUAUCUCGAUACCUCUCCUACAUGGUGAUGAUGGGGUAUGAGGAUGCCAUCCGAUGUCGCGGUUUCUCUGCCACCUUGGACGGCCCAGCUCGUGAGUGGUACGACUCUCUGCCUGAUGGGAGUAUCAUGAACUUUCGCGAGUUGGCUCAGCGCUUUCUCUUAAGGUUUGCGAGCUCCCGAGACGUCAAGAGAAACUUCAGCCACCUGUUCGGCCUAAAACAGGGGAAGAAGGAAUCAUUGUCCGCCUUCUUAGCGAGGUGGAGGGCUGAGUCAAUCAAGGUCCAGGGCCUUGAUGACAAGACCGGGGUGGCCAUGCUCACAAACUCCAUCCAGUCUGGUGAGCUUUACAAAGAUUUUGUCAGAAGUCCCCCCACCACGUACGAAGAAGCGCUCGGUCGUGCCGAUCGCCAAGCCGAGGCGGAAGAUGCCGUGCAGAGGAGGAGAGAUGAGGAAGAAGGCGCAAAGGAGGAGAAGGAGAAGGAAGCUGGUUCUGGUGCCGAGAAAGCUGACGGCAAGGCUGGCAACAAAAACAAGUAUAAAGGUAACAAGAGCAAAGGCAAGGGCAGGGCGGACGUCCCGAGCGGACCGCUCCUGCCCGUCAAACAAUUGACUCCACUUGCUCAACCGAUCGAGGCCGUCUUCGACUACGUGGAGGAGCAAGGCUUAGUUGACUUUCCGGAGGAGUGUGAUGUGGUGACAGCCAAGCGCAACCUCGACCAAUAUUGUCGAUUCCACCGGAGAGCAGGGCAUGAUACAGAUGAUUGCGUCAUUCUCCGACGGCAAAUUGAAGAACUCAUCCAAAAAGGGUACCUGGGCCAAUUUGUUGGCAAACCAGGAAACAUUCCGCAGAAGAGGAGCCUGACGUGGCAGCGGUCCGACCAGGCUGCCACGUCAAAGGAGAAGCAACCCGCCAAGAAGCGAGAGCUCGGCGCCCUUUCGGAGGAUGAUGAGGCCGACCUGGGGGAUGGAUCCCGCAAGCACCAUCGGUGCUCAUACAUCUUCGGGGGACCCCAAGGAGGUGAUACCUCGGGAGAGCGGAAGCAAUGGGCCCGAGCCCUAUACAUCGGGGAGAUAACCAGGACUCCCGCCGACAAGAAGGUGAAGAGGGAUCCCAUCUUCUUCACUGAUGCAGAUUUACCACCGAUGCCGCCUCCGCACAGGGACGCCUUGAUGAUCAAGAUCGAGAUCAACGACACUGUCAUCCAUCGGAUCCUGGUAGACAACGGGAGCUCCGUUAACAUCAUGUACUAUGAUACCUUCCAGGGGCUCGGCUUGGACAGAAAGGACUUGAACCCGGUAAGAACCCCGCUCUCAGGCUUCACUGGGGACUCCAUUGAAUCAGAAGGCAGUAUAGUCCUCCCUGUGAUAGUGGGCUCCGAGCCCUGCGUAUCCAAGUUAAGUGUCGAAUUCAUAGUCGUACGCCUAACUUGUCCGCAUAAGAUCAUCAUGGGGAGGCCGGCCCUGGAGGACCUGAGGUGUGUGAUAUCCCAGGAGCACCUGUGCAUGAAGUUCCCCACUCCGAAUGGUGUCGGAGUUGCUAGGGGAGACCAGCGGAUGGCUAGGAGCUGCUAUCUAAAAGCUUGCAAGCAAAUCGGCCAGAAGGACUUGAGAGUCCAUACUAUCAACAACAAGGCCAUGAAGUAUGAGGAGGGUCAGCUCCGUGCUGAACCCACUUCAGACGUGGAGGAAAUCCAGAUUGACCCUGAGAAACCAGAGCGGAAGGUCAAGAUUGGAACCGGCCUCACGGCCGACUUGAGGGAAAAAAUCAUCCGAGUCUUGAUCCUCUUCAGCGUUGUCUUCGCAUGGGGGCCGGAGGACAUGCCCGGCCUCGACCGAAGCAUCGCUGUCCACCGGUUGGCGGUCAACCCGUCGGCAAAACCUGUUCAGCAGAAGAGAAGACAUCUCUCCAUCGAAAGGAGGGAAUUCGUGAAGAAGGAGGUCAACAUGCUCCUGAGUAUCGGACACAUUCGGGAGGUCCUAUACCCAGUGUGGUUGGCGAACGUGGUCCUAGCCCCGAAGCCGCCGACCUGGAGGAUGUGUGUCGACUACACCGACCUCAACAAGGCGUGUCCUAUGGAUCCGUUCCCGUUACCUAACAUCGACCAACUAGUCGAUGGGACGGCCGAGUGUGAGCUCCUUAGCUUCAUGGACGCCUUUCGAGGGUACCACCAGAUUUUUAUGCAUGAAGAUGACGCGGAGAAGACCUCGUUCGUUACCCCGGAGGGAAUUUUUUGCUAUCUUGUCAUGGCCUUCGGGCUAAAGAAUUCCGGGGCAACGUACACGAGGAUGGUGGCCAAAGUAUUCCGGAAGGUGCUCGGAAGGAACAUGGAAGCAUACGUCGACGAUAUGAUCGUCAAGAGCACCCGGGCGGCCGACCACGCAGAUGACUUGGCAGAGAUUUUCGGGAUCAUGAAGGCAGUGCGACUGCGCCUGAACCCAAAGAAGUGUACCUUUGCUGUCCAGGGAGGCAAGUUCCUAGGAUACAUGGUCACGCGAAGAGGGAUUGAGCCAAAUCCCGAGAAGGUGAGAGCGAUACUUGACAUGGAGCCCCCGAGAUCGGUGAAAGAAGUCCAGAUUCUCACCGGUCGGCUAGCAGCCCUCGGGCGCUUCAUGUCGAAGUCCGCUGAGAAAUCAUUACCUUUCUUCCAGGUCCUAAAGAAGCAAAAUGGUUUCGUCUGGACUGAUGAGUGCCAGCGAGCCUUCGAAGACUUGAAGAAAUACCUCCUCUCCGAGCCUUUACUCAGCAAGCCGGAAAGGGGGGAGACGCUGAUCCUGUACCUUGGGGUUUCUCAAGGCGCGAUCAGCUCCGUGCUGGUUCGUGAAGAAGAAGGCGUUCAACGUCCCGUCUACUAUGUAAGCAAAACCCUCCAGAAUGCCGAGCUCCGGUACACCCCGCUCGAAAAGACGAUCUAUGCCGCUUACAUCACCGCGAAGAAGUUGACACACUACUUCCAGGCGCAUCCAAUCCGAAUCCUGUCGGAACAACCUCUAGGAGCAGCCCUGAGGGCGCCCGGCACAGCGCGGGUGGUGAAGUGGUCGAUGCUCCUCAGUCAGUAUGAGGUCGACUUCCAGCCUCGGACAUCCAUCAAGGGCCAAGCUUUGGCCGAUUUCAUCGUGGAGUGUACGGCCCGGGAGGUGACAGAGAAACAACAGGAGAGCGAUGAGCAGUGGUGGACCUUAGCAACAGACGGGUCGGCCGGAGCAAAGGGAUGUGGGGGCGGAAUCGUCCUCAUCUCCCCUGAGGGAUUUCGGGCCUACUAUGCCUACCGUUAUCUUUUCAAAGUCUCCAACAACGAGGUGGAGUACGAGGCCCUAUUGUCCGGACUGCGACUAGCAGCCGCCAUGGGAGCAGAAUGGAUAACGGUCAAAUGUGACUCUCGGCUGGUCGUUUCACAGGUUAAAGGUGAGUUCGAAGCAAAGGAGGAAAGAAUGACGAAGUACCGAGAUGCUGUCCGGGAAUUGCUCGGGCUGUUCAAGCAGGCAGAGUUGGUUUGCGUCCCGAGAAAUCAAAACUCGGACGCUGAUCUCCUCUCAAAGCUGUCCCAGGGGUUGCCCGAACACAUUUCGAGAAUUGCACGCAUUGAGGAGAUGACAACUUCAAGCAUAGCAGCCUCACCGCCCGUCAACGUCCUCCCCUUGCAACCGGUCGCCUGGUGCUGGGUGGACGACCUCCUGCGUUACAUCGCCGAUGGGACGCUGCCUGACAGGGAGGAUGAAGCAAGGCUAGUCCGCCGACGAGCUCCGGGCUACGUCGUCUUGGACGGGAAGCUAUACAAAAGGUCCUACAAUGGGACGUUGCUAAAGUGCUUGCGCCCGCAUGAAGCGGACAUGAUCGUCUCCGAACUCCAUGGGGGCGUGUGCUCCGCCCACCAGGGGGCGUGCACGAUUGCCAGGAAGGUUGUUCUCCAGGGUUACUUCUGGCCGACGAUAAUGCGAGACUGUGCCGAUUAUGCAAGGAGGUGUGAGACAUGUCAGAAGUUCCAGAAGAGCCCCGGCCGGCCAGCGACGAUGUACACACCGAUCAGCACCGCCCUCCCAUUCACGAGAUGGGGCGUCGACCUGGUCGGUCCCUUGCCAACCGGGUCGGGAAACCGGAAGUUUGUAAUCGUCGCGAUGGACUACUUCACGAAGUGGGUCGAGGCUGAGCCGCUCGCCAGCAUCACACAUCUCCAGUGUAAGAAGUUCAUUUGGAAGAAUAUUUUUUGCCGGUUCGGAGUUCCCCUCCAAAUAAUAUCCGACAACGGAAGGCAGUUUGACUGCGAAGCCUUCCGACAGUUCUGCGCAGAGUGGGGCGUAGAAUCCAGCCGGGUGGCGGUUUGCUACCCUCAGGCAAAUGGACAGGUGGAGAACACUAACAGGACGAUCGUCGAUGGGUUGCAAAAGAAGUUGGAGGCCCUCGGGACUGCCUGGGUGGAAGAGUUGAACAAUAUACUCUGGACCUUCAGAACAACCCCAAGGAAGGCAACCGGAGAGACCCCCUUCGCCUUGUGUUAUGGCUUUGAGGCAAGGGCACCGUUCGAGGCCGUAGUCCCCAGCCGACGAAUGGAAGAGUUCGAACCAGCUAGCAAUGAGGAGAGGCUCCGAGCCGAGCUCCACCUCAUUGAGGAAAGGAGGGACCGGGCCUUCGUCAAAGCAGAAAACUAUCGACGCCAAGUCAAGGCGUACCAGGACAGCCGAGCCCAGCCCCGGAGUUUUGACGUUGGUGAUUACGUCUUAAGGCGUAGGAAGGCCAGCAAGCCGGCGGAGGGAGGCAAACUUUCCAUCAAGUGGGAAGGCCCAUACGUGAUUGAUGCUGUGGUCGGACCCGGGACAUACAAAUUGAAGACGACAACAGGCCGGCUGGUAGAUCGUGUCUGGAACGCUGAGCAUCUGAUGAAGUUUUAUCAGUAGAGAACUGAAGUGUCACCUUUUCUUUAUGAACUCCUGUGCUCUGGGCACAGGAUUACAAUUUGUAAUUCUUCAUGUGGUCCGCCCACAUUAUGAAUUCAAUAUACUUUGCUAGCGAUAUUUUGCAUUCAAAAGAGGUCCGACCUCACUUAGCAAUUAAGGGCGGCGGCAAAAAAAAAAAAGAAGAAAAAAAAAAAAAAAAGAUACUAUGCCCCCCCUCGGUGUUUGGCCGACCUCGGUCAGGCUCUUGAACUGAAAAUGGCCCAUCGAUUUUCAAGAAUCCAAGCAAUUUUCUAAAGUAAAGAGCUAACCGCGACGGUUGAGGCGAUAGUAGGGCCGAUCCCCGGGUCGGGAGCGCCCAAGGUGCCGACCUCUGGGUCCCCCCUUUGAGCGCUCGCAACCCGACAUCGCUGGCCAAGCAGCUCGCACUCUCGCCAUCUCCGAGUUGGCGGUGCGGGUCCGUUCUGGUGGAUCAUGCAGGGUCCGCCCCUGUUGUUUGGCUAACCCCGCGGGAGUAACCAGAUUAUUCCCCAAGUCCGGGCGAACUGGACGGGUCAAGGCGAUAGUAGGACUGACCCCCGGGUCACGAACGUCGGGGUGCCGACCUAAGUGUCCUCCUUGUAAGUUCAAUGUCCGACCUUGCUGGCCGAACAAGUCGCAUACUUGUUGAUUCCAUAUCAACAGCGAACAGAUCACUUCUAUCUGACCAGGAGGGGCGUGGAUAGGCUUGGCCACGCCAGCCUAAUCGCCCCCUGGGAAGUUAGAGAAGCCGGAUCCCCGAUUAAAUUGCUUAAGUAUUCGCAACGCAAAGUAUAUGAAAAGAAAUGUGUGAAUUAAUUAAACAUUCAGUCAAAACACGUGUACAAGUGGAAGACAAGGAAAAUGCAAAAUACAAAGUCAUGGCAGGACAUGCCCAUCACCAUUGGCCUCGGGAAUCUCAUCUAACAUGGCAACCAAGUCUUGGCCGGACUCUUGAGCUCCCUCCUGCUGACCGGAUGCAAGGGGGGACCAUGUCCUCCGAAGGUCUUGGAAAGAACCAACACCAUUCGUUCGAGUUACCGGACUCCUCCUCCUGGCGGUAGACUCCUGGGGGCAAGAGGGCUAUUGCAGCUUCAGGUUUCUUCAUGCGGGCAGGAAGACCUAGCACGGAUGGAUAGAAGUCAGGGCCGAGACCCUCCAACUGAUCAUACAAUUUCUGCUGUGUCAGGUACUUGCCACUCUGAAAGGCGUACAGAACUUCACGAGCAUGCCAGUACUCCCCCUCGUCAGUCUUCAGCCACUUAUUUACUAAGUCAGAUUCCUUCGCUUCCACUCUGUCAGAUAUGGUUUUCUGGAAUUCGUCGGAGGCCUUGAACUCGAGAAUCGCCUUCUUGGCCACUUCUUCACGCUCUCUUGCAUGCAAAAGUUGUAACUCGGAGAAGGCUUUCUCCCUAGCCUGUAGGGCGGCUCUAACUUCAUCAACCUCACGCUGGAGCUUUGCUUGAGAAUGGUUGGCUGCCCAAAGUGCCCCAAUGGUCUUAGCAAGUCCCUGCGAAACAAAACAAACAAAAUAUGAUGGAAUCGAGGGGUAAAACAAAGUAUGCCGGAGAUGUGAUCGGCCACUCACAUCAACAUGGGUCCGAAUGGAACCCUCCAAGAGGGGUUGAAACCCCUGGGAGGUCAUACGUGCGAGGUCACCCGGCGGCAAGAUCGCCUGAAGCAUAGUCCACAACCGGGAAGCCCUCGUGCAUGAUCGAGGCACUCGGAGAUGGGAAUGUGUAAGCAACUGUGUGCUGAGUCAUCCUCUCACCAGCAUCUUCAUGCACCGGCCCGGUGGAUUGGAAUUCCGGGGUGACAGUCGCCCCCUCCAAAACAUGCCCCUCUCGGCACGGGGGGGCUCCGUGCCCUUUCCCCGCAGCGACCUGGGGGAGCACAGGAGCAGCGGCUACAUGAGGCUCCACCUCCUCGUCAUCAGACUCAUCCAAUUCGACCAGUAAGUCGACAAUAUCCCUCUUCUGCUUCUUCUUCGCUGGUGCGACAGGCUGAGGCCCAAAGGUAACCCUCACCCUCCUCGGAAUCUGUGCUACACGGUUUGGGGGAGCUCCACGCUCUUUUUCCUUGGUGGCUGUGGGAAUUGCACGAGCGAUGAAUGGCUGGGCCUCUUCGUCAUCGUCAUCAGAUUCGGCACCGACGAUAGGUUUCUCAGGCCUAUCAGGCACACCUGCGGAAGAAAAAUGUGAGGAUGAGAAAGGUGAAAUACAGAGUAGCCAAACCUAAAGUGAGGGAGUGACGAUCACCUAAGUAUGAGCUGAUGGAGCGGGGACCGCCUGCGGACAACAUCUCGAUGGAUGACUUGAGGUCAGGGGAAAGGGCGACCCGAUCACACUUCCGGAGCCGCUCACCCCACUGAAAUGGAGGUGACAGAAGGGUGGGGUCGGACACCCAGAUCCACCUCUUCUUCCAUCGGCUACCUGAGUCAGGGUAACCCGGCCGGAAUAGCUUGCUCACCGGCCUCUGGGAAACUGAGGCAAAAAAGCUGGAGGCGCGCCACUGGAAGCAGCUAAAAAACAAACUGAUUGUGGGGGUGAGGCCCACAUCCUCACAUCGCGCUACAAAAGCUGCAACGAACAUAUGAGCCGCCGGAGCCAGUUGGCCCGGGGCCACACCUAAGAAGAGAAGGAACUGAACCAGAAAAGGAUGCAGAGGCACAGCCAUCCCUAACUCCAGAGAGCGAAUAUGGACCCCGAAGUAAUGGACUGGGGGAUCACUCAGUACCUCAGUAGCCUCCGGAGUUCUCAAUGAACAAUUGGCACCGAUCAAGCUGUAGGCAACGGCAAGGUCCUCGUCCUGGAUAUGAGGGGAGAGGUUCGCCACCCCGCUAUUAUCGAGGCCCCACCAAAGAUUCGGGUCCUCCCGAGCACUCGAAUCCUCAUCAGAAUCUGACACGACCACAUGUUGCGCUCGUGCUCUAUUUGGAACACGCAGUUGCUGGCUAUCAGGAGUAGUGGCCCGCCUAGCUGGUGCCAUCUCUGGGAAGACGUCGACCUGCUGACCAGUGGCUUCCCCCGCAGGCGUAUGUGGUCGAGCGCCACGGCUAACCCGCACAGGUCUCGCGGCCACCACACGCUUUCCUUCUGUGAUGGCUGGUAGUCCCGAGUCUGAUGGCUUGGGGAGGGGCUCGGCUACAACUUGCGACGCGGAAAGAAGACCCAGUCUGGCUCAUCGCCCAACUAGGGGGAGGGAACCGGCACCACCGGCAGCCGGCAGUAAGGUGGACCCGGUCAUCAUACGCGUGCAUGGAUUUCCGCCAACCCAAGGAGGGAGAGAACACGGUGGCAGCUCUCCGAACAGCCUGAGCGCCGGAGGGAUGGACAAGUAGGGCGCCCAGCCGCCGGGAAGCCUACCUCUGGGAGACGCCGACCGGCAGGGGGUGGCCGCCGGCCCAUGCGAGGCACCCCAGCCGGACGCGGUAGUAGGCCAGACCGGCCGGCCAGGCUUGCCGGACUGCCAGGGCGGCAUCGUCACCGGUGGGCGACGCGGGACAGCCACCUAGUACGGCGGGGUCGACCCAGUGGAGCCGCCGGAGGAAAAAACGGCGGUCAGCCCACUCAGAUCGGCCGGCCAGAUGUGCCGGACUGUCAGGCCGGACUCGCUCAGACCGGUGGACGGCGCGGGACAGCCGCCUAGCACGGCGGGGUCAACCCAGUGGAGCCGCCGGAGGGAAAGCGGCGGUCAGCCCGCUGCUUGGGUUGACUGCGGCGCUGAGGCAGUGCGGGCGACGCGAGGAAGACGCGCGCAGGAAACCAGGGGAGAGAAGAGAAAAGAAAGGAAAGAAAAAGAAAGGAAAGAAAAGAAAAGAAAAGGAAAGAAAAGAAAAGGAAAAAAGGGGAAAAGAAAAAAAAAAGGAAAGAAAUUUAGUCCGGAAAUAAUUACAAAAAAAUAAUUAUGAUGAAUUUCAGGAAUUUUCGGAAGCUGACCUGGAUUCUGAAGCCUGGAAGAAAGCUGACUGUUGGAAUGCUGGGAUGCUGAGGGAAUUAAUUUGAAGCCUUUUUAAGCUGAGAGCUUUAUUUAAAAUUGGAAAAUUUCCAUAAAUUGUGGAUUUGACAGAAUCCGCAAUUAUUGCUCACUGGUAUGUGAAUAUUUUCUAAUUGACGGCUGACUUGGACUACUCCCUCUUAGCCGAGUCUACUACUCGACUAAGGGAGUGGGGGACUCGUGAUGGGAUUAUGGGACUAGGCCCAAUGCCUAAUCAGACUUGGCCCCAAACUUGGAUCAGCGGGUCCAAGCCCACGGCUGUUGUCUCGCCAGGCAAGCCCAUCUAGUGAACCCAGCGAUCAGAUAUCAGGUCGACCCAACCGACCGGGCCCAUCAGGGAGUGGAAGUCCGGCGGAGCAGAAGCCCAAGACGGCCUGCCUACCGGCCCAACCGGAAGCCCGUCUUCGGUCUAGCGAGGAGCCUGAUUCCGGCCCAGCAGAAGCCUGUCGCCCAGGGAGCCCGAGCGCCCAGCCUGCCAGCCAGGGAAGAGCAACGGCCAGCCAACCAGGGAAGAGUAACGGCCAGGCAUUAAUACGAUAUUUAUUUAUGUGAUUAAUUAUGUAUUAACAUGGUAAUUAAAUUAGCCAUUAUAACGUUUGGCAGUUACCAUUUGUAAUCGCCUAUAUAAGGCAAGUUGGAUUCAAAUAAUAGACAAGUCAUUUCUGGCAACUCAAUCUCCUAGCACUUUCCUUAUUCGUACUGCUUUCUUGAUUUCCUGCUUGAGUGUCUUUCGUAGCUUUCCUAAAAGCCUACGAGCGUCCUAUUUUGGACCAACAGUACUGUUCUAUGUACUCAAGAUUUCUGCUGAAUAUGAGGAAGAGGUUUACUUAGAGACAUUUCUAUCAUGUUGGCUCUGUGCGUUUGUAUUGCCACAUGAAGGUUCCAGAGUCAUCUGUCCAGAAAUACUCAAAGUUACUUGUAUGAUGACUCGAGGUAAACGGAUAUGCCUUGCAGUCUCGAUUCUUGUAAGUAUUUACCAUGAGUUUAAUCGGACUUUAAAUGCUCCAACUAGUGGUCAAGUUAGAACGUGCUUUCCUACUCACUAUUCCAUGAGAAGCAGAGAAUUAUGAUGCCAACCAUCCAUAGACAUAGUGAAAAAGAAAGCAUGUUCUAACUUGAUCAGAUGUUGGAGCAUUUGAGAUCUCAUUAAGCUCAUGAUAAAUAUUGGGUCUGCAAGGCAUACCUGUUUCCUUCAAGCCAUCAUACAAGCAACUUUGAAUUUUUCCAGGCGGAUAACUCUGUGACCUUCAUGUAGCAAUACAAAUGCAAAAAACAAACAUGAUAGAAAUGAUGUUAAGUACAUGGAACAAUACCCUCAUAAAAUUUGACCAUUUUCCAAAUUUUGGAUAGCUCUGCUCAGAUUAUGGGUUGCCUUAACACGAGAUGAUCUUUUCUAUUUUGUUCUCAAUGGAGGCACGGUAUACUUGGAGGCCUUCUUGAACCAUAAUUUGACCCACGCAUGAACACGCAAAACACGUUUAUCUUCUGUUUUCAGGAAAAGGAUGAUGAUAUGCGUGAAAUAAGUAUUUGCAUAGCUGAAGUGAACAGUGAGCGCUCGCAUCUAACAACUCGAAAGUGUUUGGAAUAGAUCCAUCAUAUGCGUGUCGUAUGAUAGGUAAUUCUUCGAUAACAUUCAAGUCUCAAAGUGUGAUCGUCAACUCACCAAUGGACGUGAGUAAAGUAUUUACCAUGGGACACCAUACCUCACUAAAUGUUUGUACAACAUUAGUACACCGAUCAUACAUGAAAGAUGGGGCAUAAACAACAUCAUAAAUUAGCCCCUCCUCGAGAAUGCUUUUACCCAGACUCAAAAUGUCCUCAGCCCAGUCCAAUAACCUGUGAUGAAUCUAAACUCGUCACCAAAUGAUAAGGUAUUUGUCAGUGGGAUGUUUUCAUCAUGGAUCCGUCUACCCAAACAAGGGAGAAUCUCAGAAGAAAGCCUAUGAAAAAAAGUCAGAUGCUAAAGUCCGCAUAGUUUGAGCUUGAUACUCGCACUCAAGAGUCCAGUCUGUAACUCGGCACGACACGAAAGUUUCAUCCCAAAGCUCGCGAGCGAGUGGAUUAUGCAUCUUCAAAAGAAUCUCAUCGUCAUUCUUCUUGCUUGUUGAUACAGAGAGAUAUUUUUUGCUUCCAUGCUUAACGUCUCUAAAAUAUAUCAUCUUGUACUGCAAGAAAUAAAAAAUGUCAUUAUUAUUACUAAAAAGGCAUAGUAAAAUAAUGAUGAUGAUGAUAUAUAACAACUCGGUGAUGGUAAUUUGUCAAAACACUUCGGUCCAUUUUGAGAAGUUAUCAGUAGCGGCUAGUAUAUAUGAGUGUCCUCCUGAUGAAUAUGCAUGUUAUUAGCGGCCCGGGCCUUUGAAUUUUGAACUCAAAUUUGUGGACAUAAUUUACACUUCAUUGA